GGGUGGGGAGACAGUGGGAGCCAAAAUCAUUUUCCCUCUCGUACUGUGAGAACGCUUAGAAUCGCUUCUCUCCAAGUGGACGCGCGUCGGUUUGGUUUCAGAACCCGAUUGAUUCGGCCGUGUCCGCGCAGCGCCGUCCGUCCUCCCGCUUCUUAGCAAGAGCACCGACUUGCAUUUUGUCUGUGGCGUGGCAAUGGGACCAUAAAGGAACAAAUUCCAUCGCAUUGAAAAAAAUAGAAGUAAACAAAUACAACCAGUGAAGACACCUCACAAAAGAAGUGGACAUGGAGACGCGCAGAGGAGAUACGAUAUAACAGAUCGGACAAAACACAUCUAGGAUUUACUUCUCGACUUGAACACUUUUUGUUUCCAAAGGGUUAUAGAAUUUUUCUUCUGCUAGAUUUCUUAGUUACACGCAAGCAUGAACCGAAAAGAGAUGAGGUCGUGUUUGAGAUGCUGGAGCGUGCCGAUGCUCUCUGUCCUUCUGCUUGUCUUCUUGACACCGCUGUUUGCACAUGGUAACUCUGUGGUGGGAAAUGAAACUGAGGUUGAUAGUGCUGUUAAUGUGACCUCCUUGUCUACCGGGGAUGAGAAGGAGAAGAUAGAGGAGGUGUCACAGUUCACCAGCUUGUCCAGCUCCUUAGACCCGACUCACACCGGACGAAAGUUUAGAGAUGAAGAAGCAGGUAGUGGCAUGCUGGAAGAGGUCUUCUCGCCAACUCCUGGAACUCCAACUUCCAGUGAGGGAGCCACAACUACUUUGGCAAGCCCAGAUAACAACCUUGACUCUGCAGAAACCGAACUCUUGCCUGUCAAUACCUCCUUCGAGAAGGAGCAUGUCAUCUCCUUCAAGGAGGAAGAGGAACAGGAAACGGAAGAGGAAGUGAGGCAGCAAGUGCCUACACUACCAUCCUGGCAGGAUGCUAAAGGAGACAUGGAGACCACUGUGUUUGACCUAGACCAUGAGACAUCUCCCACAACCCCAUCCCCAACUCAUCCCCCUUCCCCAUCCGACGUCACCGUAGAUUUCUUUGACUCUGGAUCCCGCCGCACGAACCUUGGCCGACCGACUCUUUCCCCACACGAGCUUCAGGGCCGUGACCCCACCUCCUGGUCCAUGCCCGAAAAUUAUGACUACAUGACGCCCUACGACGACAGUGUGUCUCCCACCACCGACGAUUACCCCUACAGCAGCACUACUGACUCUUACGAUGAUAUCUCCACUACGCCUCCUUCCAAACGCUUCCCUCCUCGAUUGCCCUCCAACCCUGUUUUCACGCUCCCCAAAGGAGCCACUGUGGGCGAAGGCCCCCGUGCUCCCCCCGGUGUGGUCGACUCAGUUAACGGCUCAGACUGUCAGCAGGGCUUUGUCCGCACCAAUGGCUCCUGCAAGUCCCCAUGUGACCUGCAGCCCAACUACUGCUUCAACGGGGGCCAGUGCUACGUUAUGGAAGGAACCCAAAUGUUCUGCAGGUGCAACAUCCAGGACUACAUGUGGCACAAGGGUGCCCGCUGCGAGUCGGUCAUCACGGAGUUCCAGGUAAUGUGCAUCACCAUUGGGGCCUCCGCUCUCAUGGUGCUCCUGCUCUUCAUGAUCGUCGUUUGCUUUGCCAAGAAGCUGCACGUGCUCAAGACCGAGAAUAACAAGUUGCGCAAGCGCAGCAUUGUGCCCUCAUUGCAGACGUUGGACUCCGCUGAGAGAGCCCCCCUCCUUCACCCCAUCACCCCGCUCCCCUUCUCUCUUCCUCUGCACCGCUGCAUGUCUGACUCUUCACACGGGCCUGCUAGUGGUCCUGUGAUCUGCUGCUGCUUGUCCAUUGCAUCGCAUCAAUAUAACUGUCUGUCGUUUCACUCGUUUAUCCUGGUUCAGAAAGAUGAGAGGAUUUAUGAGGUAUAUAAUCCUCUUAAUGCCCCCACCCCUCAGAAAACCAUGAGCAGAUACACCUGGGAGUGUAAGACCAAAGAGGAGCCCGACUGUGAGGAUGAUCCUAAUACCCAGAACAAGCUGGAGGACCCCGUGAAGGCCCCCCCACCCAAAGAGGACGAGUCGCUGAACAUCCAGAACUCGCUCACCCCUAAGCACGAGAACCAUAAGGUGCUGGGCGAGGAGAACUCUUCGGAGGUAAACUCGCUGCAGAACAACAUGAUGUAGAACAGAAACAAAAGCACCCCACGCAACCACGUCCAGGAUCACUUAAAGCAUCGAGCAGCAGACGCUACGAGCAGCCACACCCACCACACCAUCAGCACAUGACAGAAAACAUUAAAAAAAAAAAAAACGCCCCUCAUACCCACUCAGUCUCCACCUCCUGUCUCGCCUCUUGUUGCAGUCUUUUUGCCCUGUAGUCGACCCGCCCCUGACCCAGCCCUUAUAUAUACACACACUUACCCCUGCCUAACUGAA